GGUUUCUCUGCUUGUAUCUAAUUGCCCUCUCUGCGUUAAAAUUGAUAGCUCAAAACUGCUCAGAAACUAGAGCCCUAGCUCUUACAGAGAUUCUGAAACCCUUGAAGAAUUAGGGCUUCUUGCCGCGUCUAAUUUUGGGUGGUGAGGAUGUCGACUCCUGCAAGGAAAAGACUGAUGAGGGAUUUCAAGAGGUUGCAACAGGAUCCUCCUGCAGGUAUCAGUGGCGCACCCCAAGACAAUAAUAUAACGCUUUGGAAUGCUGUCAUAUUUGGUCCUGAUGACACCCCCUGGGACGGAGGUACAUUUAAGUUGACACUUCAGUUUACAGAGGAUUAUCCAAAUAAGCCACCAACAGUGCGGUUCGUUUCUCGAAUGUUCCAUCCAAACAUUUAUGCAGAUGGAAGCAUUUGCUUGGAUAUUCUGCAGAACCAGUGGAGUCCCAUCUAUGAUGUGGCUGCUAUACUUACAUCUAUCCAGUCAUUGCUAUGUGAUCCAAACCCAAACUCACCUGCAAAUUCAGAAGCAGCACGGAUGUUUAGUGAGAACAAGCGUGAAUACAACAGGAGAGUACGUGAAAUUGUUGAGCAGAGCUGGACAGCAGACUAACUCUCAUGGUAGGAUGCCUUGAAUUUUUCUGGAAGUUUGGGGGGACUGUUGGAGUAAUUUUGUCACUUAAAAGACUGUUGCAUCAUAAACUUCUUUAAGAUAAACUUAUUAUCAGUCUGCUACCCCAGAGGGAUGGAUGUUUCAUUCCUUAUCUAUAUUUGCCAAAAACGCAUUGCAUUGCACGUGUUCUCCAGUUCAUGUAUAUACCAUUCCUUGUAUCGCUUGACCUGGGAAAACUCCUUAA